CCGCACUGCUGCUAGUUGUGUUUCUACACUUCUGUCUCUAGCUGUCAAGCUGGGCUGCAACGCAGAGAAAGUCCAAACUGGGGACAUCUAAGUCUAAAUAUUCCAUGUCCCGUUUCGUAGAUGGUGUGUCGUGCACAAAUUCUAAAUGGCGUGAAGUAUCUUCAUUUCCUUCAGACUCAUUGGAAGGAGACAUGGAAAUCCACAGACCUAAAUCUGGAAAAAGUUUACAUAAGACCCCUACUGGAAGUCCGUCAGGCAAAACAAAAAGUACAGGUUUGGAAUCCAACGAUCAUCAUGAAGGAGCCUCUUCUGCUGCUCUGAGUGCUCUGGAAGAAACCUUCAGGAAAUUCGCUAUGCACGGGGAAACAAGAUCCACAGGAAAGGACCUGCAUGGGAAAAACUGGUCAAAGCUUUGUAAGGAUUGCAAUGUCAUUGAUGGAAAAGCAGUGACUCUUACAGAUGUUGACAUUGUCUUCAGCAAAGUAAAGGGACCAUCUUCAAGAACAAUUACUUUCCAACAGUUCCAGGAUGCACUUCAAGAGCUCUCGGCAAAAAAGUUCAGGCAACAUAGCAAAGAAGAAGCUACUGAAAAGAUAUACAAGUUAGUUGAAGGCAAAACACCAAAAAUCACAGGAGUAACGAAAACCAUUUCAUCUCCAACUGUUUCCCGUCUUACAGACGUGUCAAAAUUUACUGGCAGCCACAAGGAAAGAUUCGAUCCAUCUGGAAAGGGGAAAGGGUUAGCUGGCCGCAUUGACCUGGUUGACAAAAGUGGCUAUGUGGCCGGUUAUAAACAUGCUGGUACUUAUGAUCAGAAAAUACAAGGAGGGGGCAAGUAGAGAUCAGCUGAGAACCUAGAAAGACCAUGUCAAUGAACUUUGCCUUUCAUCUAUGGUCAAAUCUCACAUCAACAAGAAUUAUUUGUGGAAACAAGACGUUAUCAUCUGAAACUUGUAAACCACUUUUUUACAUCGUAUUACAUUCCUCUUGCAAGUUCAAAAUAAUAAGAAUGAAAACAAUUAAAAUGUUUCAAAUAUCAAAAAAUGCAUGAAAAUGUAGUGCCGCCGAUUUAAAUGCCGUCUAUUUUCAUACAUUUUAAGAGAGCAAUAUUUUUGGAAGAUUCAAAACUAAAAAGAAGAGAUUUUUAUAUCUAUGUCUAUAUUCAAACUGGACAAAAUAAUGUUGCCUAAAAAUUUUUAUAUUGUAAUUAUUGGUGUUGGCUUUCUAUGACUUUUAUUAUUAGCAUUUAGGAACCAAAAGGUGAUUUUUUUCAUACACGUUGUCCAGAUGAUUUACAGUAAACUCAGCCAACAAUUGUAAAUUGGUUUCAUGUUUGCAUCGGGUGUCAAAGGAUACCUUAAAUGUAAUAUUCUUUACCAGUUUUUUAUAAAAAUUAAAACAAAACCAUUGCAAGGGUAGUGUAAGAUAGAGGCAUAUUGGAUAUGUAUAAAUUAAAAUGUGAAAAAAAUAAUUCUAUUUCAUUUAUUAAUUUAUGUACAUAAUUCUAAACCCUAACCAAAUGAUUCUGUAUAUAUCCAAAUUAAUUGUAUAACCUGCUAGAUUAUAGCAGUCAAUAUUUAUUGAAAAAAAAGAAAGUAUAUGUAAGUAAAAAUUAAUAAAUAAAGAAGAGCAAUACAAUUUUACCUUUUUGAAGUAA